AAAAGUCCAAAAGACAAAGGUGUUCAGAUAAUUAUAAUCCUUAACUAAAAUGCUGUAUCGUUGUAGAUGCCAGUCAACAAGGAGCUGCUAUUUUUUCGAUUAGCAAAAUAUUUACAAUACUUUUAAAUACUUUAAUUGCCUAUUGAAAUUUUACCGGAGAUUUACGUGAUCCAUUAAUUACUUAUAUAUUAUCGAACGCAAAAAAAAAACGCGCCACGUUCCAUUACGCUUACGAUGCGGGCAAAGUGUACUUUCUUUAGUGUUGAAUUCUGUUCUAUCAUUAUAAACAAAUUUUUUUUAAAAUUGUUCUUAACAGAGUAUAUUAUUAUUUCUUUUAAAAGUAAUUUACACCACAAAUUUUCGCUCGAUGUGAUAUAAUGUGUCCCGUCGUAUCGUAUUAAAGAUAACGUAGUUAAAGAUAGGAAGUCACAUUUGAAAUGUUCUAUUCCUAUCGCAAACAAUUUAUUGUUUAAAAACCAUACCAAUAACUGAACCUCUUAGCUUGAGAUUUAAAUUAUCGAUAGAUAGAUCUUUCAGAUACACCCGAACUUAUUCCAAAAACAAAAAAAAAAAAAUUAUAAUCGGUUGAUCCGUUAGGUAACAUCGUUCAGUGAGAUUCCAAUCAUACAGCGAUAAAGAAAUAAAAGGAUAAAGCGAAAGGUGGAAGCACAACAAUCGCCGUAUUCAGUAGGACAACCCAGACAGUCAGACAGGCAGGCGUCGAUGCACAUGACCCUCCUCCCGCAUUAAUAGUUUAGAUCGUGUUAUCUUUUGUUGUUUCUAUUUGUGAAGCGAUCGAAAGUUGCCGUCGACCAUUGGCAAUGAAAGUGAAGUGGAGCAGACACUUGGAUGGAUCUUUUCGGAUAAAAUCGGGUAUUCGUUCUCUGGACAUCACAACCGAAAAAAAAUGCUUAAAUUUUUUCCUUCAACUUUUUAAAGUUAGGAGAAAGAAUGCUCAGAGUGACAAUAGAGUCAACGAUGUUAGCCAUAGGCGCAAGGAACGGAGAAUCGUUCAAAAAAGUUAUCAGUAUCAUACCAGUUUGUUAUCUUCCGAGACUAGAUUCGAAGAGGAUAGUUUAGAAAUAACAGAAGCACCAGCUAAAUAUUGGAACGAUGCAAGGCCUCUAACGGGAAGAGAUCGGCCGAGGCCGUCCAAAAUUAAUGCCACUGUUCUGCCUUCUUACAAAUUAUUAUUUGAAGGUGAACAUGUGACUUCUACACCUCUUCUAAAUCGCGCUAUUUCUCGGCAGAGAACUAGUAACAGCGUGGUAUCUAUAAGCAUUAAUACAGAUAUUCGUACAAGUCCUGAGGGAACACAAGGAAAGCCACUUAUUUCACAGAAGCGACCCAUUUUUCCAAAUUUGGACAUGAGAAGGCCACCUCUCUGGGCCUNUAGAUACGGGUUUUUGCGUUUUUGA